GCGUCCCGCGGCCACGGCUCUGCGCGCUCAGGGCCCUCGCGCCGAGCUCCCGGGGCCCCGCGGACGGAGGUCUUGGCCGUCACCAUGAGGCUGCGAAGUACUGGAAUGUUCUUGCUGCUGCUCGGCGUCCUGCGGGCUGAUGUCCAGGAGGAGAAGGUGCGCGCCAUGGUGGGCAGCAAGGUGCAGCUGGGCUGCCUGGGCCCCGAGGGCAGCAGCUUCAACCUGAGUGACCUCAUGGUGUACUGGCAAGUCAGCGGCUCCAAGACGGUGGUCGCGUACUACUUCCCGGAGAACAGCUCGGCCGUGCACCAGGACAGCCGCUACCGCAACCGCGCCCACCUCUCGCCCGCCGCCAUGAAGCAGGGCGACUUCUCCCUGCACCUGUUCAACGUCACGCCGCAGGACGCACAGACAUUCCACUGUCUGGUGUUCUGCAAGACCACGCUGGAGGAGGUUCUGAAGGUGGUGGUGACGUUGCACGUGGCCGCCAACUACAGCAUGCCCGUGGUCAGCUCGCCCGGCGCCGUGCCCCAGGGCUCGGAACUCACCUUCACAUGCACAUCCACCAACGGCUACCCCGCGCCCAGAGUCUACUGGAUCAACAGGACGGACAGCAGCCUGCUGGACGAGGCCCUGCAGAACAACACCGUGUCCCUGAACGCGCGUGGCCUGUACGACGUGGUCAGCGUGCUGACGGUGCCCCACAGCCCACACGUGGAUGUCGGCUGCUGCAUCGAGAACGCUCUCCUCCGUCAGAACCUCACGGUUGGCAGCCAGCCAGAAUCUAUCGUGGGAGUUGCAGACAGGAUCACGGAGCACCCAGCCAGCCCCACAGAGGAGAGGGGUUCCAGCGUGCUUGUCAUCCUUGCCGUGCUGUGCGUGGUUGCGGCCGUGGCCGUGGGCUGGGUGUGCAGGAGCCGGUGUCCCCGUGGCUACGCAGGUGCCCAGGUCGUGACAGCUCUGCAUCAGCUUCCAGACCGCGCUUGACUGGACACCAACCAGGACCCGGACGGCGUUGGUCAGAUGUUCUUGUCGGACAGUGACGGCUGCUUUAGAAGGGACUGGCACGGGACAGGUGGCAGAGAGGACCUCAGAUGCUUUCUCCCUGUGAGCUGUGAGCACCACCAGAAGCUCAUGGUGCCCCCUGAUGAGGGCACCCCACUGCCAGCUGAAGGCGCCUCGCAGCGUGCUCGCCUGCACCGAGCCAUGCCCCUUCUCGGCCCUGUUGGCCUCCAAGAGGCACCGGAUUCUGAACUGCUCCAAGAUGCUUUGUGCACAGGCCAAGUGGGGUCGCCGCCGUCCCCUGGGAUGGGUCCGUACCACCCUGAGGGCGCCUGGCUGUCCUGCUGGCCACCCCCGUCCACUCACGCACAAGCACAUGUGUGUGGAAGCAGGAGACACUCAACAUGGACGGCAUAGCUCCCCCACGUGGGUCCAUGGGGACCCCGUGAGCGGUCCCCCACAUGCAGAUGGCAUUAGAAAGUCAGGCUACAGCCACCCUGGGACAGAGGCCGAGGCCUCCGUGCCUCCCUCCCCCGCGUGGAGGCACACUGCCUUGGGCGUGUGCGUCCUUUGGCUUGGAGGCCUGAGCCCAUCCGGUCCCUAGUGGAUGCUGCCUGUCCCCUCGAGAGGCAGGGUCUGGUGUUCUCAGGGUGAGGACAGUGGCAGAAGCUGUGGCUCAGACCUGGCCCCCUGGGGUGUCCCCCUGGAAUGUGGCUGUCAGGGAUAUGCCACAUCAGCCAUAGUGGCCAGAACUCAUGCCCUCAGGGCUGUCCCCCUGCGGGUCCCUGGGGGUCCUGGCAGGGGACUGGUGACUGCCACCAGGGCCCAGGUCCUGCCCGCUUCCUCCCUUGGGGUCUCCCUCACACUGCGACCCUGGGAGGUGCUGCCACCCACAGCUGUCUGUCGCCCCCUCACCACACCCCAUAGGUGUCCCCCGGCUCAGCCAGUAAGACAGCUGUGGCCCUGGCACCAUGCUGAAUACAGGCCAUGGGCAGUGAGCAUGCUGGGGACAGAAGAUGUGACCCUGGCGGUGUGGCCUGGAGAAGCACCACUGGCCAGGCCGGGGCGCCUUGAGGGAAGCUGACCCCUGUCCUGCGUCAGUGGCCCCUCCCUCCUGCCCUGGCUCUCUGGUCUUGGUGAGUGCCCAGCACCAAGGAGCCUGUGCCAGGUUGCACUGCCCUAGGCCAGCAAGGACGCUUGGGGGUGCAGCUGUGGCUCACACCCUGGGGAAAAGGUGUCCCAAUGGCCCCGUGCACUGGCACAGGCCUGGCCCCUCCCAGCCUCACCGGCCGUGUCUGACCAAGUGCUGCCGCCCCAUGGCUCUGCAACAGCUGGGUCCGGGUGUCUGGACACACAGCCUUGGUCUUGGGGCUGUGAAGUGCCCAGGCCAGUUCCUGGCCAUGUCCUGCCUCCAGCCUGCCCCUGCCGUGUCUGGUCACUGUCCCACAGGGCCAGAGUGGGUCAGACGAGGCCCCUGGUGUUCCAUCCGACAUCACCACGGAGGCUGGGAAUCCUUCAUAUGUAACAGGCUGUUAUUUGUUUUUUGUCUUUUUUAAACAAUGUUGUUUUUGU